CAUCACUGCCUGAUAACCAUGCUGGCUGCCACCGUCCUGACCCUGGCCCUGCUGGGCAAUGCCCAUGCCUGCUCCAAAGGUACCUCGCACGAGGCAGGCAUCGUGUGCCGCAUCACCAAGCCUGCCCUCCUGGUGUUGAACCAAGAGACUGCCAAGGUGAUCCAGACCGCCUUCCAGCGAGCCAGCUACCCAGAUAUCACGGGCGAGAAGGCCAUGAUGCUCCUUGGCCAAGUCAAGUAUGGGUUGCACAACAUCCAGAUCAGCCACUUGUCCAUCGCCAGCAGCCAGGUGGAGCUGGUGGAAGCCAAGUCCAUCGAUGUCUCCAUUCAGAACGUGUCUGUGGUCUUCAAGGGGACCCUGAAGUAUGGCUACACCACUGCCUGGUGGCUGGGUAUUGAUCAGUCCAUUGACUUCGAGAUCGACUCUGCCAUUGACCUCCAGAUCAACACACAGCUGACCUGUGACUCUGGUAGAGUGCGGACGGAUGCCCCUGACUGCUACCUGUCUUUCCAUAAGCUGCUCCUGCAUCUCCAAGGGGAGCGAGAGCCUGGGUGGAUCAAGCAGCUGUUCACAAAUUUCAUCUCCUUCACCCUGAAGCUGGUCCUGAAGGGACAGAUCUGCAAAGAGAUCAACGUCAUCUCUAACAUCAUGGCCGAUUUUGUCCAGACAAAGGCUGCCAGCAUCCUUUCAGAUGGAGACAUUGGAGUGGACAUUUCCCUGACAGGUGAUCCCGUCAUCACAGCCUCCUACCUGGAGUCCCAUCACAAGGGUCAUUUCAUCUACAAGAAUGUCUCGGAGGACCUCCCCCUCCCCACCUUCUCGCCCGCACUGCUGGGGGACUCCCACAUGCUGUACUUCUGGUUCUCCGAGAAAGUCUUCCACUCCCUGGCCAAAGUAGCUUUCCAGGAUGGCCGCCUCAUGCUCAGCCUGAUGGGAGAUGAGUUCAAGGCAGUGCUGGAGACCCGGGGCUUCAACACCAACCAGGAAAUCUUCCAAGAGGUUGUCGGCGGCUUCCCCAGCCAGGCCCAAGUCACUGUCCACUGCCUCAAGAUGCCCAAGAUCUCCUGCCAAAACAAGGGAGUUGUGGUCAAUUCUUCAGUGAUGGUGAAAUUCCUCUUUCCACGCCCAGACCAGGAACAUUCUGUAGCUUACACAUUUGAAGAGGAUAUCAUGACUACCGUCCAGGCCUCCUAUUCUAAGAAAAAGCUCUUCUUAAGCCUCUUGGAUUUCCAGAUUACACCAAAGACUGUUUCCAACUUGACUGAGGCCGUGCAGCAUCUGCCCUGUGGGUCACUUCCGUGCUCCAGGGAGGACUCACCAUGGGCAUCUGAUUGGCAGAGCAGCUCCGAGUCCGUCCAGAGCUUCCUGCAGUCAGUGAUCACCACUGUGGGCAUCCCUGAGGUCAUGUCUCGGCUCGAGGCAGUGUUUACAGCCCUCAUGAACAGCAAAGGUCUGAGCCUCUUCGACAUCAUCAACCCUGAGAUUAUCACUCGAGAUGGCUUCCUGCUGCUGCAGAUGGACUUUGGCUUCCCUGAGCACCUGCUGGUGGAUUUCCUCCAGAGCUUGAGCUAGAAGUCUCCAAGAAGGUUGGGAUGGGGCUUGAACCAGAAGGCAAGCACCAGGCUCACAGCUGGAACGCUGCUGUCUCCUCCAGCAUGGUGGAAGUUGGGUUAGGAGUACGGAGAUGGAGAUGAUUGGCUCCCAACUCCUCCCUAUCCUAAAGGCCCACUGGCAUUAAAGUGCUGUA